CCAGACCACCUAAAAACGGGCUUUGGAUCGUGGAGGAUUCGAAACCGGACCCGAUCAACAGCAUUUUUCACUGCAAAACAGACCCGAAAAGAUCAAAGAGCUGAAGAUGAGAGCUUUGGUCGCGACGCUGUGCCGGAGAAGAGUUCAAGAGCCGUUCUCGCGCUUCUUCUACGGCUCACUCUCUACGGACAAUGGAGAUGGGUUUCAGAGUUCACGCGUCAAGAUCUUCGAUCGCCAUCUCAAACGCAAACAACGUGAUCGAGCUGCGUGGUUGGCAUGUCCAAAGGAUCCUUUAGUUGACACAGUUGCUGAGAAUCUUUUGGAUCGACUGGAGGAUUGCAAAAAGGCAUUUCCUACAGCGUUAUGUUUGGGGGGUUCAUUGGAAGCUAUUAGGCGUUUGUUGCGUGGGCGUGGUGCCAUCGAAAAGCUCAUUAUGAUGGAUACGUCUUAUGACAUGGUGAAAUUGUGUAGAGAUGCUGAGCAAGAUGUGCCUAAUGAAAGCAUAGAAACUUCCUUUGUGGUUGGUGAUGAAGAGUUUUUGCCCAUAAAAGAAAGUUCUCUAGAUCUGGUAAUCAGCUGCUUGGGACUCCAUUGGACGAAUGAUCUUCCUGGAGCCAUGAUACAGUGCAGAUUGGCAUUGAAGCCCGAUUGCCUAUUUUUAGCAGCUAUUCUUGGUGGAGAAACCUUAAAGGAGCUGAGAAUAGCAUGUACUGUAGCACAAAUGGAGCGUGAAGGGGGCAUAAGUCCACGAGUAUCACCAUUGGCACAGGUUCGGGAUGCGGGCAAUCUUUUGACUCGUGCAGGCUUUACGCUUCCUAGUGUUGAUGUUGAUGAAUACACUGUUAAAUAUAGAAGUGCUCUUGACCUAAUAGAACAUCUGCGUUCAAUGGGUGAAACUAAUGCUCUUCUACAGAAAAGCAAUAUCUUAAAGAGAGAAACAGCCCUAGCAACUGCAGCUGUUUAUGAUUCAAUGUUUGCAGGAGAAGAUGGCACCAUUCCCGCAACCUUCCAGGUUAUUUACAUGACCGGGUGGAGGGAACACUCUUCUCAGCAGAAGGCCAAAAGAAGGGGAUCUGCCACAGUAUCUUUCCAAGACAUACAAAAGCAGUUUGGCAGUGAUAGUUGACUGGUAGUCUUUAUGAAUGUUAAAGACGAUGAAGGAACUUCCCCAACAUGGGCAGAGAGGCAUUCCAAUGCCCACCAAGGUGGCAGUAUUUUCAUAUGUAGCAUGAUUAUUCUGAAGGGAAACAAAAUAAGAGAAGUCAGUUAUGGUUGUUAUACAAUUGCUUUGUAUUGAUGUCCUCACCAAAUUGACUUGAUGUAGGAGUUUCUACAGAGCAAAAGUACCAGGAGGCAAAGUUAUGGGUGCCUUUUCUUUCAAGUUAAGAAACUGUUCCAAUGGAGGAUAUGAGAAGUAACUGUGUCAUGGGUUAAUCAUCUCAGGUGAGUGAUGGAAAAUCUUCAAAUUUCAUAAAAUUUUCCGUGGAUAUCCCUCAGUUACUCCUCUUGAAGUUAGUCUUUUGAAUUUUUAUUCUUCGCAAUGGCUGGGAACGCCUUUGUGGCUUUUGAAUCUAUAUGGACCGUUCUUUUGAAUCUUUGUUUUAUUUCCUCUAGUAGAUUAUGUGAUGGGUUUUUAGUGA